UUUUUUAGCUUUAACUUAUUGGCACGGGCAGUACUCGUUUGAGGACAAACAACGGUACUUUUGCACUUGUUGAAACUUAUUAUACUAGUCAAAAUGUCUUACAUCGGGAAAGCAUUCACUUUCGAGAAACACGAGAAAUUCGACGAGUUCCUUGCAUCUCUUGGGGUGCCAAAAGAAAAAAUAGAUGAACUCUGCUCCCACAAAAUCAGUCUCGUUUUGGAGAAAAAUGGAAAUACAUACAACAUGAAAUUAUUGAACAAAACUAUCAGUUUCCAGUCGGGCGUGGAGUUCGACGAGACCCUCGGUGAUGGUCAUCAGUGCAAGACCAUCUGUGUGGUGGAGGGUGACACUGUGACACACACGCAAAAGCAUCAAAACGGCCGGAUUAUCACAUUUAAGAAACAGUACUCAGACAACAAGCUUGUCGAGACGGCUACCAACAAUGUUUGGGACGGCGUAGCGUACAGAUACUACUCUGCAUAAACAUUAUCACCCUCUCAGACCAGUUUGAAUUAAAUUAAAAUAUAAGUAUUGUUUUUUUUAAUAAAAUCAAAUUGCUAGACUUCAUUAUUAAAGUGGAAGGAACCACCUAUAUCUACAAAACUUCACGCCGCACAAACCGCGGCACCGCGCGGCGCCACCGCGGCAUCACGCGGCGCCACCGCCACACCGCGCAGCGCAGCGGCGCCACACCAUAGGUUCUUCUCCUUUAUGAAAAAAUUUAGUAGUUUUUUUCACUGAUUCCAAAAAAUAAAUCGAAUUAAAUUUGUUUUUUGUACUGCUAAGGUGCACUGAAUUUGUGCAGUAAGUUUUGGUUGACACUUGGCGUUUUAUUCCUAUGAUAUAUUUAUAUUAUUGUCACACAAAUAAAUAAAUGGAAAUAACUGAUAUCUCCAGAAAUCUUAAUUUUAUAAUAAAUAGAUAUUUUAUAAAACGUUAUGAAAUAAACUUAAAUCGACCGGGAUAUAAACCGUGAUUACCUUUUAUAUUGUUUAUAUUGUGCUCCCGAUAUAUCCCGGGUUUAUAUCCCGGUCGAUUUAAGUCUAGUGAAACUAACCGUGAAUCAUUCAAAACUGUUAUUGUUAUGAAAUAACCUUUUUUUUAAACAAUUUAAGGUAGUUUUAUCUGA